CUCUUGGCUUCUCAUGCAUGUGCAUGUCACUCCAUCUCACCUGCCGCACUCGAACACAUGCCAAGCUAACGGCACGGGAUUUGAAUCGAAAAGCUCAGAGGACGCCACGCUGUCGACAUCGCUGCGCUGAAUGUACGUCAUCCCUGACACUCGGCUGGACUUACCAGCGCCACGGAUGCGGUGACCCAGCCAAACAACGCCAACCCGAACGGGGCCGCGCUAGCACCGCCAACCAGUGAGAUCCCCACCAGGGUAAACACAUCGCGCGUGUCGCAAACAACGCGACACAGGCACUUUACGCAUACCGCAACGGCCGACAACAUGGCGAACGCCCAGCAACAGGAGAACAUUCUUCUCACAGAGCACUUUUCUUGGCCGCCAAUCUGUCUCAUCGACGACAUAAUCAACACGAUAAACGAGGUCCUGUAUCGCUGCACUGAUACCUUCGAAACAGGCAUAUCGAGCGCCCCGCCGCACCUCCUGGGCUUUGCAGACCGCUAUGCAGCUGAAAGGCGACCCCCCGAGAAAGACGAAGACGGGAACGAUGUUUACCCCGAUGCGAGUCUGGAGAUUGAGGAGGGCGUGCUCAAGCUGGAGACGCUGAUGGAGAAUGCGGUGGAUAAGAAUUUUGAUAAAUUGGAGAUUUGGACGUUACGCAACGUGCUGUGUUUGCCGAGGGGAGAGGAGGAGUUGGCGAAUUGGGUGAGGUUGGGACACUACAAUGGGUUACAGACGCCGCCCAGAGGUGUGGGAGAAGAGGGCUGGACGCCAGAGAAAUUAUACACACUGAGGCGGAAACUGGUUGAGACGCAGAGACUCAACGCGGCCUUGCUCGCAGAGAAGAAUCGGAAUGAAGCGCAGAUCCAGCAACUGCGCGCGCUGCUACAACCACGACAGGAGGGCAUGAAGCGCGAUUCCACGAAUCCGUCUAGAGAGGAUGGAGCAAGUCAGAAUGGAGGCACAUUCGCAUUCCUCACCCACACCCCCGCAAGUCAGAACCUAGGCAUCACACCUCUCCCCCAGACCUCCACAUCGACGAUAACACCAGCGAACGGCGCUACAACCCUAGCAACACACACCUCCUUCACAACCUCGCAACUGCCGUACCUGCGCCAACUCCUCUCCAACCUGCGCCCACAUCUCGCCAGCACCGCAUUGUUCACAAGCACACGAUCGAGUUCUGAGUCGGGUGAGACGACGAGAGAAAGGAAAUUAUACUUGGAAAGUCAGAGCAAGAGGAUUCUGGAGAAGCGCGGUGUGGAUACGAGGGAGGGGGUUGAAGGGGCGGUGGAAGGCGGGAGGGUCAGGGUCGAGGAGAUUAGGGGGUUAGAGGGGAUUGUUGAGGCGCUGAGCAAAGGCAACACGGCGACGAAAGAUGGUGGGGAGGCUAUGGACACGAGCUGAGAUGAUUAGGGGAUGUCGCUAUGGUUUUUUUUUUGGAUAGCGAGGCUUGCUUUGACAUGGGUUCUUGGAUUUGGAUUCGGGGUUUGGGAUUGAGAGAUACCAGGUUGAUUUGGAGUAUGGCGCAAGGACAACACACUUCCUGUAACGCAAUGUAUGACCGAGGACAAAAAGCUCUGCGAGACUGAAGGAGAGUCGUCCAUACAUCAGGACACCUUCGCUCUUCCGCUGACUCCUCGAUACCUGUGGGCAUCAUACAGCGUCACUGCCUUCGCGGAUGAUCUAUCCCGUCUUUUCUUCUCGAGAGCAAGCAUGGGGAGACAUCGCUAGCACUUGACGUGCCUCCACACCGUCGCACACCGUCU